CGAAGGGUGCAUGAAUCAUCGCCAUGCCCGUCACCCGGCCCGAUCCAGUCCGACAGGGAGUGCCAUACAGAUUAGAGACUUCGUUCAAUCAUGGAACUAUAAACCUUAUAUUUCCAUGGUUCAAUCGACAUCGCAUCAUUUGUGCGCAGAUUACAUACAUAGGACAUGGUCCACCAGUGUCUUGCCAUAUAUAUUCUCCGUACAGAGACUCAGAUCAACACUGAAAUACUUGUGUGAAUAUGCCGUACCUGUGCCUGGCUUGACAAAUUUCAAAUUCUUCUUAUUGUUCUUCGCCGAGUGCACUCUCGUCAUGUUUUCGUCUCAAUUCAUCGACCACCAUUUCUGCACGUUUGCCGUCUUGAGACUUCUUCUGGUUGUCCUUGCCACGACUGCCACUGCAAAGCCGACAUACCCUGAGACAUCUGCCAGUGAAGGCCAUUGUCACUACGAUAAAUUCAGAGAUUGUGUGUGUGGACAAGAAUAUGCCUAUGUCGAAAAUAAGAAAGACAUUCCGAACUACGAUCUUAAAAAUUACUAUGUCCACAUGACGAAUAAGGGAAAGGAAAGAUACUAUUAUUGCCGACCGUGCAGUAUAUGCGAAGACGGCAGGGAAACCAUUGCAACCUGUUACGAGAACCGGGACACACUCUGCAGUAAAUGUAUACACCCAUUAGUUUACGAUGAAUGGACAAGGUCCUGCCAGCCCGUGAACAUGAAUAUUGAAAAAACUCCUGACGUCAUUGAACCUUAUCAGAACCGUGACAACAUGGAAAAUAUCCGGAGCCAUGACAACAUAAUUACCAAACCACAAAUAACAAUUAAGCCUACACUUAAUGUUGUGGUUCCAAUAAAUGACAUAGGAGGGAACAUAUACGACAAUGCCAAGGGUGAAGACCCACUUAAAGGUGAACCUUACGUUAGCGAUACAUUAAUGAGUGACGGCGAAAAAAGUUCGGGUUUGAAUGGAUUUCUCAUCUCUGUUAUCUGUGUAUCAGCUGUUAUUAUCCUACUAGCAGUUAUUUUCAUGGUGUAUCUUCGUCUUGGAAACUUGUGUACUACCCGAACUGAGGUUGCUAGAAGUGACGUUAUAAGGCAUAAAGAUGAUCCCAUUAGUCAUGACGAUGAAACUAAAGUAUGACGGGAUUGGAUCAAAACUAUCUACGGAGUGGAUACAUACUCUGCUCUCCGACUGGGGUCUUAGCGCGAUGAGCUAAAAAAAUAAGGAAAGGGUCGGGUCACUUGUUUGUCUAAAUUUUAAAUGGACGCGUACAAACUCGAAAAGUGUCCUUUUCAGUCAUUUGUUUCUAAAAUUCUCGUGAAUCAUAUUUUUUGCAGUAAAGUAUUUUAAUUAUUUAUAUGCUUAACAUGUGAAAAAAAUGUCAUUAUUAUAAGAAUUUUUUUUUUAUACAUGAGUGUGGCGAUACAAGCCUCAAUCGUGUCAUGUUAGCACCGUACCGGUGCACGUGUCAGCUUUAUUAAGUAUAUCGAUAUUCGGUAUUUCAAAUGUUGUACAUUAAUGUCCAUUGACUUCUUAAGGAGUUGUAACGUAUAUUUAUAUACAUGUAUAUAUAUAUGAAUACACUUGAUGAACAAUG